AUAUAAUAUACCCCAACCGCCUCGCUCGUUUCGGUUGUAUUUGCAAGUCUAUUAUUUUUUUUUUGUCUUCUUUUGAUUUCUCUCUAGGGUUAUUUCAGUGGGUAUUCGUCAAAAUCAGAGAUUUUUCACUUGGCAGGGAAGUUUCUGUUUAAUGGUUUUUCUUAUGUUCGUCGAAUUGCUGCAAAUUUUUUUCUGAUUAUUGUGGCUUUGGACAGAACAACUUCUGUAAUUCGUGGACUGAUUCUCCAAACUUCUAUCUAAUCCUUUGCUUUGUAGCCGGAAGAAACUCUUUCAAACAAACAAUGGAACGCAACGAGGAAGAAGCUAGAAGAGCAAUGGGUAUUGCUGAGAAGAGACUCUUAGAGAAUGAUUACCACGGAGCCAAAACAUUCGUUAACCAGGCAAGGAGUUUGUAUCCAAAUCUUGAUGGUUUACAACAAGCCCUGAUUAUGAUCGAUGUUUAUAUCUCUGCAUCUACCAGGAGAGGAAGAGAAGCUGAUUGGUAUGAGAUUCUCGGUGUAGAUAGCUUAGCAGAUGACGAAACCGUCAAGAAACAGUACAAGAAGUUAGCUCUUUUGCUUCACCCGGACAAAAACAAGUUCAGCGGUGCAGAAGGCGCGUUUAAACUGGUUUUAGAAGCUUGGUCUCAGUUGUCUGAUCAUCAAGGAAAACAUAAAAAGAGUGGAAUGCAGAAACCACCAAAGCCACACGAGCCAGCUUCAUCUAACAGGCCAAACCCAAAGCCACGUGAGCCAGCUCCAUCUAACAAGCCAAAGCCAAAGCCUAGGCAUGAGCCGGAACUAACGCCUAAGAUUGAACCUACUUUUUGGACAGUGUGCAGUAGAUGCAAGACGUAUUGUGAAUUCUUGAGGGCUGAUUACCUUAACAAAACAUUGUCUUGUCCAAAUUGCUGUCGGAGAUUCAUUGCAGUCGAGGUUAUUCCAGAGAUCAUUAAUGGGAGGCCUGUCAUCAGAUUGAGUCCCUCUCAGGAAACUUUUUCUUCAACUUGGGCAUAUGAUAGCAGAAAGUCUACGAGUCAAACACACAAGAGAUUGAAAAGAUGGUUUGAGCCUAAGCUUGAGUCUGAUUUUGUGCCAAGAGAGGAGAAAGUUCGUAACUUUACGUUUUGGACAGUGUGCAAUAGAUGCAAGACGUAUUGUAGAUUUGCCAGGUCUAGUUAUGUUAACAAGAUCUUGCCUUGUCCAAACUGUCGUGAAGAUUUCGUUGCGAAUGAGAUCAUUCCAGAGGUAGUCAAUGGGAGUCCUGUCAUCAAAUUGACUCCACAUUUUCGACCAACAUGCAAAAGCACAAGUGGUGCUUCUUCUUUUACAAGAGCGUCAGCAUCUUCUAGUAGCGCAAAAGCUGCAAAUAGAGGACAAGAAUCAAUGAAAUAUUGGUUUGGGGAGUCAUAAGAAUGUUUCUGCUGCUGCUGCUAGAGAGGCUUUGCAAUAAACGAUGACAGCAACAAGUGCAAACUGUACUCUUGAAACAGAGAGGAUUUUCAAGAAACCAAAGAGAAGAAAAACAACACCAUGUUUGUGGAAGUCUACACCAAGUUCCAGCUUCUGCCAUUUUCUUACUAUACCAACGAUCCGGAAAGCAUGACCCGCACAUGAAAAUCAUGUGAAAACUGUCUAGAAACGUUUAAAAAUAUACCCUUGAUUGUAUUGACCACAAUUUAAAGAGAGUGAUCAUAUUAAGUUUAAAUAUGAAAUUUUAAUGCUUCUAACAAUAUAUAAAAGAGAUCUUGGACCAAUUUCUCUUUUGAAACUAUUAUAAAACAUCAUGCUACA